GGACGUAGUAAACAUGGCGGCGCUGUGGCGUGACAACCUUUGCUAUCUUGAUCGUGAAAUUUCUAAGAAAUGAUGUGUUCGUUUUCACUGAAUGACAUCAUCCAGAUUCCUGGGCCAUCAGGAGAGACUUUCUGGAAGGUUAUUUCUUUACGUCAUGACCCAUACUCUUCCCGCCAGCCCGUGGUUUGGUGGUUUGCAAUAUCUCGCAGAUGACGUUCUUUUCCUGAUAUUCGAGUGGUGUGAUGUGACCACACUAGGUCGGUUGUCGCAGGUGUGUCGUCGCUUUACAAGACUGCUAAACAAUGAUAACGUCUGGAGCAAACUGACAAAAUGCUCGUUAAUGACCUGGCAUGGUAGCCGGCUCCACAGCGGUCGCUACUAUAUUUCAGCCAAGGAAAGAUGCAUGAUCUCCGAAAACUGGCUGCGUGGAAAGCGGAAAGAGAUCCGGCUUGUUAAAUAUGCAUUUAGGCAGUUGCCGUGGUUACAAGCGACAUAUGACCGCCUUUGGUACAGUAGUGGAUCGACAAUCCAUUGCACUGAGAGACGUCCUGAUGGCUGCAUUGUUAAGCGCCCGCUGAUGGUGCUGCAGGGGCAUCAUGAUGAUGUUUGUCGUUUCAUCUACGCUGACUCGUACAUCAUAAGUGGUGGCAGUGAUAAAAGCUUAUGUGUUUGGAAGAGUGACAGUGGAAGACGAAUUCUGCGCGUGACCAACAGCCAUGACAGCAGUGUCAACUGUGUGGGAUUCAGCAGUGACGUUAUUGUAUCAGGCUCACGAGACUCCACUGUGAAGCUGUGGUCAUUGGUGUCUGGACGUCUCCAACGAACAUUCACACUGGAGGAUCGCGUUUGGAGUAUUGCAGGCAAUUCCAAAGCGAGGACCUUUGCAUGUGGCACAGCAGGAAUCAAUACGGCACCACUGCAGGUGUGGGAUGUAGAAUCUGGCAGCUUGCUGGCAUCGCUGGGUGUAGCACCGGGAUACAGGCGUGGUGCCGGCGUGCUUGACAUCGUCUACGACGAGCCACGUACGAUCGUCUCGUGCGGCUACGACUCUUGCGUCUGUGUCUUCGAUACUCGCACCAAUGCCUGUGUGUUGAAGCUUGGAGAUCCUCACGAUAGCACCGUGUACUGCAUCUCCACCGACCACAACUACGGUAUAGUGAGUGGCACUGCCAGGCAUGCUCUGGUCAGGCUCUGGGAUCAACGGUCUGGCCACUCAGUGCAGAUGUACUACGUAAGUGGAUGCAACAGCCCUGUAUACUCGCUGGUAGCCGAACUCAGCUGCUGCUACGUCGCUCUUGAUCAGUCGAUCACCAUGCUCGACUUUACAGUUAGAUGAUCAAAAUCAGUCGCUACCGCGAACAGUCGAGUCCUUGCUGGUGAUUUACUUUGUUAUUCUCCACACAGGUAGCGCCACUAGUAUGGUGCACCCAUAAAAAUAAUAUCCUUGUUAGACUAGCGUCUCUAUUUAUUUCUGUGGGUGCACCUCUGUUCCUGUGUGGUAUCGAGCUGUUUCAGUGCGGAAGACUGGGAAGAGUAGUAAGGCUGGCAGGUUAUUGUAUGCACAGUACGUGCCCAGACAAACUGGAAUCAGAUGUUUUGGAAGUCCUCGUUUGAUAGAAGGUGUAACAAUGAAGAAUGUAUUGUUUCUUGUUGGCAUUAUAUACAGUUUCUGAAAAAGCAUUUUGGCGGUAUUUUCGUUUAUCUGGUUGGCAAGGUAUACGAAAGCAAUAUAAGCAGCAGCUGGUUAGACACAUCAAGAUGGAAUCUACAGGUUAAUUCCAUGUUCGUUGCAGUCCUUUUCUGAGAUUUAAUUAAUGCUGUCAAAUAAGCUGUGAGAUCAGUGAUGCAAAUAAGCAGCUGUGGGAUCUGUGAUGUAAAUAUGUAAAAUUGUCACGAGAAAUAGAUUCAGUGUCCAUGCAUUACAGAUGAAGACCAAUAAAAAUUGGGUAUUGUUUUAUAUCCA